CAAAACGAGAGCAAAAUUGUGCCAUUCAUCUGUGAGUAGAAUCCCAACGACGCGACGAUGAAGACUACACUCAGACUGUUCCGUUCAGAGAUGAUUUACGAUUUGUGUAUUUUGAAAGUUUAUUGCUUGCUAUAGCCAAACACCAUGUGCGCGAUCCCUUAGAUUGCAGGGGAUCACUACAUCAGAGUGGUAGGAUCACGUUUUUUCGUACAACAAAUUAUAACACCGAAAACCGUUGGCUUUUUCCAUCAACAGAUGUUCGCGACCAGCUGGCGUCACUUCGUCUUGAGCAACGCAAGGAGCGAGCGAGUUGACAACGAUGGAAGCCAUCGAAAGGAAGGGUUCGGUGACCAAAUCCAAAGGGAUUCCGAUGGAUGACGCUCUGGCGUUGGCAGGCUUCGGAACCUGCAACGUGGUCCUGAUCCUAGUCUCGGGAACCAUCUUGGCCUCCUUCCUGUUGGAAAUCCUCGGCGUCAGCUAUAUCAUCCCGGUGAUCGGACAGGACCUGGACGUGACCACCAAGGAGAAGGGAGUUCUCAGUGCGGUAGGUUUUGCCGGGGUUAUCGUCAGUUCGCAUCUGUGGGGAUUUCUGGCGGACACGCACGGCCGACGCAAGAUCAUCAUCCCGGCGUUGCUUAUCUCGUUCGUUAUCAGCGUGAUAUCUAGCUUCACGCCCUAUUUCUGGGUCAUCGUCUGUCUUCGGUUCUUGGUUGGAUUUUUCGUCUCCGGGCCAUCGGCGGCGACCUACGCUUACCUAGGCGAGUUCCACAGCCGCAAGAAUGCAUCCCGAGCUAUCAUGGGAGCUUCCGUAGUGUUCGGAACAGGCGGAAUCCUUCUACCGGGACUGGCCUACAUCGUGAUCAACCAGGGCUGGGAGCUACCCAUCCCGCUACUGGGCAUCAUCUACCGACCGUGGCGACUGUACUUCAUUGUUUGCAGUCUUCCAGGGUUGAUCAGUGCCUUGAUCUUGCUCCGAUUCCCGGAAAGUCCCAAGUUCACCUUCAGCCAGGGUGACACCAAGCAGGCGAUCGACGCCAUACAAUGGGUUCACCGAUUCAACGGUUGCUGUCGAAAGACAGCUCCCCUCCAAAUCGAGUCAAUUCAAGAAGACGAGGAAGAUCGUCUGGAACGUGAAAAGAGAGCCCUGUUGCGCAAUACCAAGGGUUGUCUAGCCCUCAUGAGGCUAGUGUGGAACCAAACGGCACCGCUGUUCAUGGCGCCCCAUCUACGAAAGACGGUGAUCGUGUGUAUUCUGCAGUUCGGCACGUACCUGGCGGCGCACGGAAUGUUCAUGUUCUUCCCGGAGAUCGUCAACCAGUUGGUGAUCGUGAAGGAAAGCGAUAUGGGAGCGGCCACCAUGUGCCGAAUCCUGGAGCAGUAUGGGAACUUCAGUGUGACCAAUGAGGAAAGCGAAGGCAGCCAAAUGAUGGCACCGGCUGCUUUUCAGCUUUCGUUUGUUUUGGAGUUGAUCUACGCCGUUGGUUUUGCGGUUAUUGGGGUGAUCAUCAACGCCGUUGGGAGAUUGCCUCUGUUGGUGUUCAUCUUUGAGACUUGUGGCGUUGCCGGGCUGCUAUUGUUCGUGGUGGACGUACCAACAGCGGUCAUUUGGCUGUACAUUGUGUUUCUGUGCAGUGGGUAUACGGCGGUUAUGGUCAACGCGAUCAUCGUGGAUCUGUAUCCGACGAGUUUGAGAGCAAUGGCCGUCUGUAUAGCACUGAUGAUCGGUCGUUUGGGAAGCGUAGUCGGAUCCAAUAUGCUAGGGAUACUACUGGAGGAGAACUGUGAACUGACAUUCGGCAUAGCUUCGGUCUUGCUGGUCAUCUGCGGAAUCUUAGUGUUCUUCAUUCCAAACAUCAAUCAACGAGUACAGUCCAAGACAGUUUCGUGAUGAAUAGGAGAUAUGGUGAUCACUAAAUGAUUCACUUAAUUAUACAGUACAAUAGGCGUCAAA